UUUUUCCCCUUUAUUUGUUUUCCGCUGUUAAAAUUCUAGAGUAAACUGUUCCAGUAAUAAUCUGGGAAAAUUAGGGUUUUGAAUUUGGUUAUCGGAGAAUGCAAACUAGAGGGAAGAGGAGCUUGGAAGGAGAUGAGAAUCAGCCGCCCGAGCGAAAACGCCCCGCUUUAGCCAGUGUAAUCGUAGAAGCUCUCAAGGUGGACAGCUUGCAGAAACUCUGUUCGUCUUUGGAACCCAUUCUUCGUAGAGUUGUAAGUGAAGAGGUGGAAAGAGCUUUGGCAAAAUUAGGCCCUCCUAGACUUAGUGGAAGUUCUCCUAAACAUGAAGGUCCAGAUGGAAGGAGCUUACAGCUCCACUUCAGGUCCAGGUUAUCUCUUCCUCUUUUCACUGGAGGAAAGGUUGAAGGAGAGCAGGGUGCUGCCAUCCAUGUUGUUCUAGUUGACAGUAAUAGUGGACAUGUUGUAACAACUGGACUUGAGGCCUCUGUAAAGCUAGAUGUUGUUGUGCUUGAAGGUGAUUUCAACAAUGAGGAUGAUGAAGAUUGGACACAAGAAGAGUUUGAUAGCCAUGUGGUAAAAGAGCGUGAAGGUAAAAGACCGCUGCUGAGUGGUGACUUGCAAGUGACCCUCAAAGAAGGGGUAGGGACACUAGGAGAUCUAACUUUUACUGACAACUCAAGUUGGAUAAGAAGCAGGAAAUUUAGACUUGGUCUGAAGGUUGCUUCUGGAUAUUGUGAGGGUAUACGUGUAAGGGAAGCAAAGACAGAGGCUUUUAUUGUUAAGGAUCACAGAGGGGAAUUGUAUAAGAAGCACUAUCCACCUGCAUUGAAUGAUGAAGUAUGGAGAUUGGAAAAGAUUGGGAAAGAUGGGUCAUUCCAUAAGAAGCUUAACAGUAAUGGAAUAUUCACAGUUGAAGACUUUUUAAGGCUUGCGGUCAAGGAUCAACAGAAAUUACGAAAUAUUCUUGGAAGUGGCAUGUCAAAUAAGAUGUGGGAAGCUCUCUUAGAUCAUGCAAAGACGUGUGUGCUGAGUGGAAAGUUUUAUGUUUACUAUACUGAUGAUACUAGAGAUGUCGGUGUUGUCUUCAAUAACAUCUUUGAGUUGAAUGGCCUUAUUUCUGGGGAACAGUAUUUACCUGCUGAUUCUCUAUCUGAUAGUCAAAAGGUUUAUGUAGAUACGCUGCUGAAGAAAGCAUAUGACAACUGGAAUCAAGUCAUAGAGUAUGAUGGCAAGUCAAUGGUGAACAUCAAGCAAAAUAGGAGGUCAAGUGCCCGAAAUGAACUUCAGAUGGAUGCAUUAAACUACCCUAAUGCAUUAGAUCAUCAAUUGCAGUUACCAAGGUUGCCAGUUUCUGUUCCUACGGAGCAUGUGCACUCAGGCCCUCAUGUUGGAGGGUUUAAUGAUAAUCAGUCGACCAGAUACACGGGACAACCUGAGCUUGUGAAUUCGAAUUCUCGUAGUCAAUUUGACAGCUUGCAGUUUUUGCCAUAUGACCAGCUGGGUACCAGUUCGCAGCAACCACAAAGCUCAAGAGCUGAUAACAAUGCUGUUGGGCUUGCUCUUGGUCCUCCUCAGUCAUCUGCCUUGGGUUUCCACAAUGCCGGAUCUUCUAUGCAGACGUCGAAUGUUAAUCAUUUCAAUGAUUGGACAAACAGCAGAGACAGGGGAGUCGAGGACUUUUUCUCGGAGGAAGAGAUUCGCAUGAGAAGUAAUGAAAUGCUCGAGAAUGAAGAUAUGCAGCAUCUUCUCCGCCUCUUCAGCAUGGGAGGUCACCAUGCUUCUGUGACAGAAGAUGGUGGGUUUGGAUUCCCUAAUUACAUGCCAUCCCCAAUGAUAAACUUUGUAGACGAGGAUCGUUCACGCCCUGGCAAAGCUGUUGUAGGGUGGCUAAAGAUCAAAGCGGCAAUGAGAUGGGGUUUCUUCAUCAGGAAGAAAGCAGCCGAGAGACGGGCACAAAUAGUCGAGUUAGAAGAGGAGGAAGAAGAAGAAUAGCCUAGUUAUCCAAGCCUCGCAUUUCUUACUAUGGUUCUGGAAGAUGCUAACACCACCACCACCAUCAAUGCCAGAGAGA